CACACCCCCAAGCACAAGCACCAUGUCACCCGUCCCCGUUACUGAGACUGCUACCACUGUGCAGCCGACGCUCAAGCUGCGCGGCGACGCUAGCCAGACGACGUCGGCGUACCCCGAGCUCGACGUCAAGGGCUACACCGUCGUCCGUGGCGCCAUCCCACCCGAGCGCGCGGCAGAGUACGUCGACCAGAUGUACCAGUGGCUCGAGUCGUUUGGGCGCGGAUUCAAGCGCGACGACAGGAGCACAUGGCACGUCAACACGGUGCCCAAGUUUGACAAGGGCGGCCUGUUCCACCGCUACGGCGUCGGCCAUGAGCAGUUUGCGUGGGACAUUCGCAGCGAGCCCGGAGUUAUCGACGUGUUCGCCAAGCUCUGGGGCACCGACGAGCUCACCGUGUCGUAUGACAGCGUCAACAUCUCGCUCCCGCUCGAGAAGGAGCUCACCGAGCAGCAGGCGUCGCGCUGGCCCCACACCGACCAGAGCCCGACGCGCAGGUUCAAGAACUGCGUGCAGGGCAUUGUCAACCUGUACCCCAACGGCCCGCUCGACGGCGGCCUCAUGGUACUCGAGGGCUCGAUGCCGCUGUUUGAGGAGUACUUUGCCACGCACGAGCACCUCGCGCCCGCCGAGGGCUGGUCGCCCGCCGACUGGUGGCUCCACACCGAGGAGCAGCUCCAGUGGUUCUACGACCGCGGCUGCAAGUGGGUCAAGGUCGAGGCCGGCCCCGGCGACGUCAUCCUCUGGGACUCGCGCACCAUCCACUACGGCGUGCACGCGCAGGGUACCGAGCCCCGCAUCGCCACGUACGUGUGCUACAAGCCCGCCCGCGACCUCAGCCCCGAGCGCCUCGCCCUCAAGCAGGAGUGCUUCGACAACUUCUGGAGCACCACGCACGACCCCAUCAACUUUAGGGUCACCAACGCCGACAUGAAGGGCUGGAAGCUCGAGGACUGGGAGUACCUCGGCCCCCGCCAGCCCCCCGUGCUCACCGAGCGCGCCAAGAAGCUCGCCGGACUGGUUCCUUACUAGGCGGCGCGGGCGUUCUGGGCGGUUGCGACGGCGAGGCCGAGAGGCAACGCGGCGCCAAGCCGACGCCGAGGGGGGACCGAGCGGAAGCGAGAGUGCGCCGAAGAGGAGGGGAUGAGCGUUGAUUGCAGGUACACGCAGUGCUUGCCUGGCGUGCUUGCUGCACGCAUGCACGCCGCGCUCGAGGUCAUUAUAGUAAGCAGCAUGAGUUUGUUAGAGAGUUGUGGUCGGCUGUGACUGCGGAUUGAAUCAUGUACAAAGUGGAAGCGUUGAAA